AUGGGAGAUGACUGGAAAUUUUACGGAGUACCAUUAGUAAAGCAGAAAAAGUCCAAUACUAUCAAUAUAGCCGAUCAAUUGUGGAAGAACAAAGUGUUUUAUAAUGUAGAGUUGCAACUAUGGUUUAGUAGAAAACCGCGUGAUUUGGCAAUUGCCGAUGCCUGUAAGUUUUUACAAAUGUUGGUGUUAGACAUAAGAAGUGUUUAUGAUUAAUAUUGGUGCUUACUAAAAACGUGUUCAUGCUUUCUAUUCGUAACUCUUUAAUUGUUGAUUAAUUCGAAAAAUUUUAGACUUGGCCGAAUUAUUUGACACUCAGUUUGCUACAGCGUUUUUGCAUUCCAUCAACUUUUUGACCUUUUAUCAUUACCUUCCGUAAGUUUUUUUUACUUUUGAAGAACUUGUUCUGAGAAAAUUACUGUAACAGUGUAACCUGUAAAUCAUCGUUCCCACUACUGUAUCCAAUAUGUGUCAAAACUUUCACAGUAACGUUUUUUGAUCUACGUUUUCAACUGGUAUAUUUAAAUUUUAAUUUAAAUGCUCAGGUGUUCAAAAUUGCAUACCACUAAAAAUCUUUAGGUUACUGUAAAUUUUGGUUUCGAGAUUGUUGGCAGCUUAGGUAACUUGACCACAUAUCUUAGAAUUUUCUGCUAUUUAAUUUGAUAUAUACCCAGGCUUGGACACAGGGCAGGGCAUUGGCAAAUUUCCAUGCCCUGCCCUGUGCCCUUGCCCUGCAGGGCAUCAGGGCAUUUACAGGGCAUUACAGGGCAUUAAGUAUAAUAGUACUAAUAAAUUCAUUAAACAUUAUAUAGUCACAAAUAAUGAAUUACACAACUUAAAAACAAGUUAUUUAACAUUUAAAUAUUAUUAAUAACAAAAAAAGCAACAAUUUUUUAAAAUUUUAAACAUUAAUUAUAAGUAAUAAAUCUGUAACCCUAAAUUCUCCUGUUCUCUGUAACUUCAAAUUGAUUUAGCAAGUAGCAGUAAGGUUUUGGUACUGUAUGGUACUAAUUUUUCUAAAUUUUAUUCUUUUUGACAUUGUAUGGUGCUAAAUUGUACGGUCGGCAGAGACUUUAGGGUAUUCGGCGGAGGGUCGGCGGAGGCUUUAGGGAAUUCUAUUUAUUCGACCCCACCCUUGACCUUUUAGCGCUAUCCCAUCUUACCCCUGGCCUUUUUAGCCUACCCGACCCUACUUUUGACCUUUUUAAUCCUAACCUACUAUACCAUACCCAUGUUGCCUAAUAUACCAUACCCUACCAUAAACUAUCCUAUCUAUCAUACCACAUCUUAAUAUAACGUAUCAUAUUAUACCAUACUAUGCCAAACUAUACUUGACUAUAUUAUACCGUUUUACUUACCUAUUCUACCAUACCCAUGGAUAGUACACAGUAGUGUCGUAUAAGAUUGAAUAAGGUAAGGUAUAGUACAGUUUGAUAUGGUAUGGUAUAAUAUGAUACGUUAUAUUAAGAUAAAAGUGGGAUAGGGUUAAACAGGUCAAGGGUAGGGUCGAAUUGAUACCUCAAACUCUUCGUCAAAUUGCCUAAAGCCUCCGCCAAUCCUCCGCCAAAUACUAAAGUCUCCGCCGACCCUCCGCAGAACCCUCUAAAGUCUCCGCCGAAUCCUCUAAAGUCUCCGCCGAAUCAAAAAGAAAAUUUUUGGAAAGAACAGGGCAUUUGCAGGGCAUCACAGGGCAUAUGGCAUGCCCUGCCCUGUAAAAAAAUUUCAAACCAUGCCCUAUGCCCUGCCCUGCCCUGCCCUGCACACCGCUAACCAUAAGCCAAUUUUCUUUAUUUGCCGAAACUUAGUUAAACAUUUGAUGUGGCAUUGCAUCCUGUUUAUCAAGUGCAUUGUGUUUGUAAAAAACGACAAUUGUGUAACAGUUUUGUUAACAGAUACGUUUUUAUAAAGUUAUUGAAAUUCCGAAAAUGUUUAGACUACCUCCACAAGUUCAAGAUAAAGAAUUUUACUGUGUUCUCCGAAUGUACGAUAUGCUUGAUGAUGCCAUUUUUGACAUCUACAGGACAAUUCUAAGUGACUUUGAAAGAGUUUGUGUGAAGAAGCUAAUUUUUAAAGCAAAAUUGUACAUAGUUGCAAUUGAGUACGACAAAGAUCUACCCUUCAAAAGCUUUGCAAAGCACUUAACAAAAUGA